AUGUUUGCACCGAAGUUUGAUCCUAACAAACUGAAAACGAAUCUGCGGAUUUGUUCUGUUCGACUUAAGAAUUUGUACCAGAAGAAAAACGAACUGAACAUUCGUGCUCGAAGAGAACUUGCCGAGUACCUGAAGGCAAAGAAAAUUGACCGAGCACGUAUUCGAGUUGAACAGAUCGUCCGUGAAGACUACCUGUUGGAAGUUUUGGAAAUAAUCGAGCUCUACUGUGAGCUGCUCAUAACACGUCUUGGCCUUAUUACUUCCACAGUAGAAUGUGAUCCAGGCCUCAAAGAAGCUAUAGCCACAAUUAUAUGGGUGGCCCCACGUUUGUCGUAUGACUGUCAAGAGCUUGAAGUUCUCAAAACCCAGUUUUCGAUUAAGUAUGGCCGUGAAUUCGCCCAACUUUGCUCAACCAAUUCAAAUCAUUGCGUCAACCCCAAAGUCAUGUACAAGCUCAACGUCAAAGCACCUCCAGCUAACCUCUGUGAGGCCUAUUUGGUUGAGAUCGCGCGAAGUUAUGAUGUUGAGUUUACACCUGAUAUGAACAUACUCAGCAACUCACAGUUGAUCGAUUUGGGUGAUCCACCCGAGCUUCCUUCUUACGAUUUUAUGUUGCACGAUACCCUGAAGCCUGACAACGCGGCUGCAGGCGGUGGUGUUCCCUAUCCCACAAAUUAUGGGCCAAAGGAUGAUUCGAACACUGCCUUACCCUCGCUUCCCCCCGAGAGUAGCUCCAAACUGAAUGAUCUCCUUGGUCCGGAGUCACCGCCACCCUAUUCCCAUCCCAGCAGUCCAACUGGUAAGAAGCCUGAAAGUGCUGAUCAGAAUAACGGGGAAGAUAAAGUAAGUGAUUUACCACCGCCGCCAGCAAACGACGAUGACGACUUUGAUGCGCUUUCUGCCCGGUUUAAUAAACUACGUAAAGAUAACUAA